GGGCGCCGCAGGGCUGGCCCCGCCCCUCCGCGCGUGCCCUGGCCGGUGCGCAGGCGCGGUGCAUGCUGGGGCGGCGAGAUGGCGGCGCUGAGCGUGGGGCGGAUGGUGACGGGGGGUCUCCUGCGCGCCCAGAGCCUGCGGCCGUGGCGCGGCCUGUGCGUGUCCGCCGCCCUCCGGCAGGUGCCCCGGCCCAAGGCGGAAGGCGCCAGGCCUGAGGGCGCGUUCCAGGUGACGAUGCUGCCCGGGGACGGCGUGGGCCCCGAGCUCAUGCACGCUGUCAAGGAGGUGUUCAAGGCUGCCAGCGUGCCCGUGGUGUUUGACGAGCACCACCUGAGCGAGGUGCAGAACAUGGCAUCCGAGGAGAAGCUGGACGAGGUGGUCGACUCCAUGAAGGAGAGCAAAGUCGCGCUGAUCGGGAAGAUCCACACGCCCAUGGAGUUCAAGGGCGAGCUGGCGUCCUACGACAUGCGGCUCAGGCGCAAGCUGGACUUGUUCGCCAACGUGGUGCACGUGAAGAGCCUGCCGGGCUACCAGACGCGCCACAACAACCUGGACCUCGUCAUCAUCCGCGAGCAGACGGAGGGGGAGUACAGCUCCCUGGAGCACGAGAGCGCCAAGGGCGUCAUCGAGUGCCUGAAGAUCAUCACCCGCGCCAAGUCGCAGCGCAUCGCCAAGUUCGCCUUCGACUUCGCCACCAAGAAGGGCCGCUCCAAGGUGACGGCCGUGCACAAAGCCAACAUCAUGAAACUGGGCGACGGGCUGUUCCUGCAGUGCUGCGAGGAAGUGGCAGAACUGUACCCCAAGAUCAAAUUCGAGACCAUGAUCAUCGACAACUGCUGCAUGCAGCUGGUGCAGAACCCCUACCAGUUCGACGUCCUGGUCAUGCCGAACCUCUAUGGCAACAUCAUCGACAACCUGGCAGCCGGUUUGGUGGGCGGCGCGGGCGUGGUGCCUGGGGAGAGCUACAGCGCCGAGUAUGCUGUCUUCGAGAUGGGCGCCCGGCACCCCUUCGCGCAGGCUGUGGGCAGGAACAUCGCCAACCCCACCGCCAUGCUGCUCUCGGCCUCCAACAUGCUGCGGCACCUCAACCUGGAGUUUCACUCCAAUCUGAUCGCGGACGCGGUGAAGAAGGUGAUCAAAGUCGGAAAAGUGCGGACGCGGGACUUGGGCGGUUACUCCACCACCUCUGACUUCGUGAAGUCUGUGAUUGACAACCUGCACCCCCACUAUGGGGCCUAGGACCAAACCCUCCCCCCCCAAUUAAAGGGUCCAGCAGUUCCCUCCACCCGUGUCCACAUGCUGUCCCCAAACCCCCGGGGAGGGGACAAGGGCAGCUUGUGGGGCGGCCGGUGCCAGGAGCCAGCGGGCAGCGAGCACAGGCCCCGCCCGGCCCUGCCCGCAGCGCCGCAGCCCCUCCCCGUCCCCUCCGGCCCGGGGUGAGCCCUGAGCCCGCCAGGAACCUGCAGCUUUAACCGGAGCCCGGGGGAGUUCAGCUGGGGAGGAGAAGCUCCAGGACACCUUAGUGCGCCUUUCAGUGCUUAGAAGGGGCCCACAGGAAAGGUGCGCACGGCCGACAUGGGGGGCUACGCCACGUCCCAGGACUUCACCCAAGCCGUGAUCGCUGCCCUGGACGCCUGAGCCCCCUGCCCUGCACCCCAGUAACUUAUUGCUUCCUGCUAAUAAAAAGUGGCCUCUGCAGCAUGGGGGCUGCCGGGCACCCCCA